AUGUCAGAUCCACAAAAGAUUGCCAUUGAACCAAUGGCUCCGCAGCUCCUUGUCAAGAAAGCUGAGGAGGACUGGACCGGGAUCACUAGUACUGCACAACGACGAAAGCUGCAGAAUCGACUCAACAAGAGAUCGCAGUAUCUCAGAAGACGACAACAACUCGAACAAAACCGGCUUGCUUCCAAUAUCGUCGGUCAAGCUGGCCUACCAGCCGAAUCCAUGCCUUCAAUAGCACUAGCUCUCCAAGGUCCACCAGAUGCCAUGUUUGAAGUUAUCCGUCAAACCUGCGAAGUUUACGAGAGGCCUGAUAAGAGCGAAAGGGUGUUUGCCGCUGCGUGCAAAACGUACAUGGACUAUACCAUGAACGCCCCUCGGAUAUCGCAGCUUCCACUCCUCAUCAGUCUCAACGUUACAAUAGCAGUUGCCAAUAACGCCACACUAUUGGGAUUUGAUCGUGCGCUUAUGUGCAUUGACGAGGCUAUAUCGCCUUUCAACAUCAAUGGACCUUUUAGCGCAGAUUAUAAUCCCCCAAAGGCGCUUGAGCCUACAGAGGUGCAGAAGACGGUGUUACAUCACCCAUGGCUCGACAUAUUUCCCUUUCCUAAAUUCAGAGAUAACGUCAUUCUGGCGGCGGAUGCUGAGUUACUGGACGAUGGCGAGCUUUGUGAGGAUAUAUCGGAGAUUAACUGGGAGAACGUUGAGAAGCCAAGUUUGAUUGUAUGGGGGGAUUCGUCUGUGCCAAAUUCCUGGGAGGCAUCGCCUUGGUUUCUGAGGAAGUGGGGUUGGCUACUUCAGGGUUGUCCUGAGCUUAUAGAGACGACAAAUAGAUGGCGGCAGAGUCGAGGAGAAAGGUUACUGAAGUGGAAUAAUGAGUAG